AUGUCCAUUGUCGUCCCCGGAGAACAUGUCCCAGCUCAACACGUCAAUCUCAAGCUAGGCCCUGGCCUCAUUCAACUAUCUCAGGCAUCUACAUCCAGUGCGACGCCAAAGAGCAGCAUAAUUUCGACUCGCGCGGGCACGCUUCACCAUUCCGCUAAUGGGAGCAAAUGGUGGAUAGAGAGUAAUGCUAGACGGUACGUUCCUGCGCCCCAGGAAUCUGUCAUUGGCAUCGUGACCCAAAAGGCUGGUGAAGGAUUUCGUGUUGACAUUGGCUCAGCACAUCCAGCGUCUCUAGACGGACUAGCGUUCGAAGGAGCGUCAAAAAGAAACCGUCCUAACCUAAAGAUUGGCAGCUUGGUUUAUGCAAGAGUUUCGCUUGCGCAUAAGGAUAUGGAGCCUGAAUUAGAGUGUUUCGACGCUCAAACACGAAAAUCCGAAGGAUUUGGAGAAUUGAAAGGUGGUUUUAUGGUACGGUGUAGUUUGGGCAUGUGUCGAAAACUCCUGGAUCCUAAUAACUUCUUACUGCCCCUCCUGGGCGCCAAAAUACCACUUGAGGUCGCGGUCGGUAUGAACGGUCGGGUAUGGAUCAAUUCAAAGGAAACAAGGCACACGAUCGCGAUAAGUCGAUGCAUUGAGGCUGCUGAUCCCGACGGCGAAGGCAUGGGAGAGAGCGAGAUUAAGAAGUUUCUGGGGACGCUGGACAUAUAA